GCUUACACUUCCUGAACAAUGAUGCCUGCGCUGAUUGGCCCGUCACCCUCCCGAUGCCACUGCCGAAGCCGAAGCCUCAUCGGCUGCUUGGUAAGAAUUGUCAAAGCCGGUUCCCCGCCAAGCCGUCACUUUCUUCACGCCGCUUUCUAACACCUUACAGAGCUCCCAUCGGCAUGGCCCUGCGCUCUUUGAAUCCCUCUAGCUCGCGCUUCGAACCUUCUCGACUCUCCCCACGCAUCAAGUAUAAGUAGCCGUGUCAGGCUCGAUGAAGACGCUCUCCUCCAUCCUUUUCGCCGUCGCAGCAGUCGCAAUCGCAAUUUACAACAACGAGUACAUGCUUUCGCGCUUUACGCAGCUUUCGAAACAGAUCAGACCGGCUACGCAGAGCUUCUUCAACACUACCCGAACGAUGUCGACGAACGGCGCUACGACGACUUUCAAGGGCUUGCCUGUCAUCCCCGACGAGCCCCUCACCACCAGCGCACCUCGCAAGAUCCAGAAGUCUUUCCUCGCUAUCGAACAAUCCGAGGGUGCAGGAGCGAGAGUGAGAAGAUCAAUUGGCACUCCACAGCUCCGCAACUUCUCCCCCUUUCUCAUGCUCGACCAUUUCGCCAUCCCGCCGGGCGCCGGGUUUCCCGACCACCCCCAUCGGGGCCAGGAGACCAUCACGUACCUCCUCUCGGGCGCCGUCGACCACGAAGACUUCGCGGGACACAAGGGCACAAUCGAGCAGGGCGACCUACAAUUCAUGACGGCCGGACGAGGCAUCGUGCACGCCGAGAUGCCGCGACAGAACCCCGACGGCUCGCCGAACGUCGGCAUGCAGCUUUGGGUUGACCUGCCAAAGGAGCUCAAGUCCUGCGAACCCCGAUACCGAGAUCUGAAGGCGAAGGAGAUACCGGAAGCUACGGCCGACGACGGGAAGGUCAGGGUGAAGAUUAUCAGCGGUCGGGCUUAUGACACAGACUCGCCCAAGGAGCUGGCAUACACCCCAGUGUGGUUGCUGGACUUCACGGUGCAGCCGGGAGGCCAUGUCAAGCAAGCGCUGCCCAAGGGCUGGAACGCGUUCGCAUACACGCUCAACGGCACCACUAUCUUCUCCUCCGAAGGCGUCUCUCGGCCGAUCCCGCAAUACCACAACGUCGUUUUCGCGAAGGAAGGCGACAGCAUCGAAGCUUCUGUGGAGGAAGGCGCCGAGUCGGAAUCCAGGUUCAUCCUCGUUGCCGGCAUGCCGCUCGACCAGCCCAUCGUACAAUACGGGCCCUUCGUCGUGACAAGCCGGGAUGAGGUCAUGCAGGCGAUGAUGGACUACCAGUCGAAUUCGAAUGGCUUUGAGAGGGCAUUAAACUGGGAGAGUGAGAUUGGGAAGAACAUGGUUCAUUAGGUGAUAUCCUGUUGCUUAUAAUUCUUUCUUGUAGAUAGACUAUUCGGGCGAUUGUUGGCUUAUCAAUUUGUCUAAUCUUGCGAUUUACUUAUACUUCCUCAUCCAUUGCUUCUCUUUUGUCUAGUCUCCGUUCAUUCCCGGCUCCUCGAGCUGGCCGUGCACCUAUCAAUCUUGCAUGACGGACGAUCACGUGCCAUCAUCGGACAGAACCC